CCUCCUCCUUUAACUCCUCCCUCUCUCUGUUUCUCAAAAACCCUAGCAGCCUUCUCUGCAGAUUUCACUUGGCAGUCAGUCCAUUGGGGCAGAGAGAAAUCCCUAGGGCCAUAACACCGCCAAGAUGGGUAUUUCUCGUGAUUCCAUGCAUAAGAGGCGCGCCACUGGAGGCAAGAAGAAAGCUUGGAGGAAGAAGAGAAAGUAUGAGCUCGGAAGGCAAUCGGCGAACACGAAGCUGUCGAGCGACAAGACUGUGAGGAGAAUUAGGGUUAGAGGAGGGAACGUGAAGUGGAGGGCUCUGAGGCUCGACACCGGGAACUACUCGUGGGGAAGCGAGGCCGUGACGAGGAAGACUCGUAUUCUCGAUGUCGUCUAUAAUGCCUCGAACAACGAGCUCGUCCGUACUCAGACUCUGGUGAAGAGCGCCAUUGUUCAGGUCGAUGCGGCGCCGUUUAAGCAGUGGUAUCUCCAGCACUACGGCGUUGAUAUCGGAAGGAAGAAGAAGACUUCUGCUGCCGCUGCUGCCGCUGCUGCUCAGGAGGGUGAUGCUGCUGCUGCUGCCACUGAGGAGGCCAAGAAGAGCAGCCAUGUGUUGAGAAAGCUCGAGAAGCGUCAACAAAACCGGGUUCUUGAUGCACACAUUGAAGAACAAUUCAGCAGUGGGCGUCUGUUAGCUUGCAUCUCUUCACGACCUGGCCAGUGUGGUCGGGCUGAUGGAUAUAUCUUGGAGGGCAAAGAGUUGGAAUUCUACAUGAAGAAGCUCCAGAGGAAGAAGGGGAAGGGUGCUGCCUAAACAAAAUUUCACAUGACCCGUCGGAAGAUCUGGUGAAAUGCCCUACAUGAUUAUGUUAAUUUUGUCGCAGAUACAUCUUAGAUUUAAAGUUUCUCUCUUCAAUUUUGCUCCAAUAGACAAGUCACUUCAAUUUUCUAUUUGUUGAUGGUGAUUUUGUUUAGUUGAAACAAUCUUGUCUUGUUUUAUUGAUGAAUGUUUAAGUAGCAAAUUCUCAAACUUUUCGAUCAUGGUUCUCUGUUUUUGUGAUUAAGUGUCAAAAGACGCAUGUCUUGGUGUAGCGUUGAUGAUUGAUAACUAUCCCUUAAAUGCUUUUCGAUCGCGUUUA